AUGAGUUACGUUCAAUCCUUGAAUGGAUCUGCAACGGACGGCUGCUUUCUUCAAACUAACACCAUUUCUAAUCCGAAGUUGUCGGAGAUGAUCAACUGGGAUGCGGAAACAAGUAACUCGGACAACAACCUUAUGACUAACGUAUUACUUUUAUUGGUUUACGGUUUAUCGUGUUAUGUAUUGCGUCUUGUGCGUCAACUGCGAUCCAUACUGCUUUAUGGAUCCGAGACGUGA